GUGAGAUGCAGGCUGACAGGCCACGAGAUGCCGUGUCGGCUGCCGGAGCUGCAGGCUUAUACUAAUGGCAAGAAAUACCAGCGGCUGAUAAAGACAGCCAGGGAGUUCGACUACGGCAAGUUUGAGCCCCAUAUAGUGCCCAGCACAAAGAAUCUACACCAGCUGUUUUGCAAGCUCACUCUCAGACACAUCAACAAGUUUCCAGAGCACGUGCUGCGCCAUGUCCAAGGGAAGCGCUAUCAGAAAGCCCUAAAAACAUAUGAGGAGUGCCAGAGGGAAGGAGUGCAGUACGUCCCCGCCUGCUUGCGGCAGAAGCAGCAGCGGCCGCGGCAGCCCGGUGACCAAAGGAACGGGAGCGGGCAGCCGUGCGGGAGAGAGGAGUUCUGGGAGCCAAAGUCCAGCGAUGAGGAUGGAGAGGAGACGGACGACAGCAUGAGUGACCUGUACCCACCCGCACUCUUCCCAGAAAAAAGCCCAGCAGCUCCACAAACCACCAAGGGCAGCGACGACUUUGCAACAGAGAGCGAGGAUGACGGGGCCAAGCAGAACGGUGACGUGACCGGAGAGGGCGGCGGCAGAACGGGUCCCAGCAGAGCGGUUGGCCCCAAAAGGGGAAAGAAACAGUCUGGCCCUUUAAAGAAGAAAUUCAAGAGCCAUCAUCGAAAACCCAAGAACUUCAAGAAAGCCACCAAUGGCAAAUAA